GUUUUCAUUUCCUCAUGAGAAGAAGAAGCUCAGAAGAGAAGAGAGGCAGAGGCAGCACACUUAACCUUUGCUAACAUGGGGAACUGGGCUGUGAAUGAGGGAGUCUCCAUCUUUGUCAUUCUGGUGUGGUUGGGGCUGAAUGUCUUCCUCUUUAUCAACUUCUACAAGGUUUAUGAUGAUGGGCCUAAGUAUAAUUAUACUCGAAAACUCCUUGGGUCAGCACUGGCUCUGGCCCGGGCACCUGCAGCCUGCCUGAAUUUCAACUGUAUGCUGAUCCUGCUACCAGUGUGUCGGAAUCUGCUCUCCUUUCUCAGGGGUUCCAGUGCGUGUUGUUCGACAAGGAUUCGAAGACAACUGGACAGGAACCUCACUUUCCAUAAGAUGGUAGCUUGGAUGAUAGCGCUUCACACAGCCAUCCACACCAUUGCACAUCUCUUCAACGUGGAGUGGUGUGUGAAUGCCAGAGUUGGAGUUUCUGACCCAUAUUCCAUAGCACUCUCUGACAUCGGAGACAAGGACAAUGAAGAGUAUCUCAAUUUUGCUAGAGAAAAAAUCAAGAACCCUGAAGGGGGCCUGUAUGUGGCCGUGACUCGGUUGGCUGGGAUCACAGGAAUUGUCAUUACACUGUGUCUCAUAUUGAUCAUCACGUCCUCUACCAAAACCAUCCGGAGGUCUUACUUUGAAGUGUUCUGGUACACACACCAUCUCUUUGUGAUCUUCUUCAUCGGCCUUGCCAUCCAUGGAGCUGAACGAAUUGUACGCGGACAGACUGCGGAGAGUUUGGAAGAGCAUAAUUUAGAUUUCUGUGCAGACAAAAUCGAAGAAUGGGGAAAAAUAAAGGAGUGCCCAGUACCAAAGUUCGCCGGAAACCCUCCUAUGACUUGGAAAUGGAUAGUGGGUCCCAUGUUCCUGUACCUCUGUGAGAGGUUGGUCCGGUUUUGGCGAUCUCAGCAGAAGGUGGUCAUCACCAAGGUGGUCACUCACCCUUUCAAAACCAUUGAGCUUCAGAUGAAGAAGAAGGGAUUCAAGAUGGAGGUGGGACAGUACAUUUUUGUCAAGUGCCCCAAGGUAUCCCAGCUAGAAUGGCACCCAUUCACACUGACCUCUGCUCCUGAGGAAGACUUUUUUAGCAUCCAUAUCCGUAUUGUGGGAGACUGGACGGAAGGGCUAUUCAAUGCUUGUGGCUGUGAUAAGCAAGAGUUUCAAGAUGCCUGGAAGCUACCUAAGAUAGCAGUUGAUGGACCCUUUGGUACAGCCAGUGAAGAUGUGUUCAGCUAUGAGGUGGUGAUGUUAGUGGGAGCCGGGAUUGGAGUCACGCCCUUUGCCUCCAUUCUCAAGUCUGUCUGGUACAAAUAUUGUGAUAAUGCCACCAGUCUGAAACUCAAAAAGAUCUACUUCUACUGGCUGUGCAGGGACACACAUGCCUUUGAGUGGUUUGCAGACCUGCUGCAGCUGCUGGAGACCCAGAUGCAGGAAAGGAACAAUGCCAACUUCCUCAGCUACAAUAUCUACCUUACUGGCUGGGAUGAAUCUCAGGCCAAUCACUUUGCUGUGCACCAUGAUGAGGAGAAAGAUGUGAUCACAGGCCUCAAACAGAAGACUCUGUAUGGACGGCCCAACUGGGAUAACGAGUUCAAGACCAUUGCAAGUGAACACCCUAACACCAGAAUAGGCGUUUUCCUGUGUGGCCCCGAAGCCUUGGCUAAAACUCUCAGUAAACAGAGCAUCUCCAACUCAGAGUCCGGCCCGCGUGGAGUCCACUUCAUUUUCAACAAGGAAAACUUCUAACUCAGCUCUUUCAGCAGGAAACCAGUGUACUCUGCCAAAUGUCCCAAUAUUGCCGGUUGAUUGUAGGAGAGGAGGAGGAGAAGAAGAAACCAUAAUGACACAGGCCCCCUAAAAAGAAUUCCAAAGAUUGGUACUAGCCAUCCGUCAUAUUACAUGGAACUUCAUGGUUUCAAACAUUGUUAUGUUGCACUGUUUCACAUUUCCCUCUGACAUGCCAGAAGAAGGUAAAGCAAAAGCAUUUUCUGGGACUCUUUCUAGGAUAAACAGUAGGGGCUCAAAUGAGUUCCGUACCUUCCUUCCAAUUCAGAAGCUGAAACCACAUCUAAGCCAUCUGACUCUGGGUGUGGUCAUCUUUUCACAUUUAAUACCAGGUUGUCUCAAGACUCAGUUUUUAUACUCUCCCCGUCAAAAAAAGCAAAUCAAAGAGUAGCUCAUCAUUCUCAGUUGUUUUAUCCUUAACCUUAGCAUCAUGCUAAAGGAGAUUUUUCAAAUAGAGGAGAUAGUGAUGCUGAUGGUGAGUUAAUACUUCUUAAUGACAGUACUGGCACAGAAGUAUAUUCCAGUUUUCACAGUCUAACUGGGUCAGAGAUUAUUACCAGUAAGAAAUAUUAGACUGAUUGGAGUUAAAGUAGCACUCUACAUUUAUCAUGGUGUUUGGCAGAACUUGUGUUCAAGGUCAGCUUACUGAAUGAAUGAAUGAAUGAAUGAUUAAACAAACAGAUGCAAACAUUCAAAACUAUGUCAUAAUGGGAUGCAUGGCUAGAGACAGAAUUACCAUUCUGUUUUUUUUUUUUUUUUUUUUUUACACACCAAAGUAUCCUGAUUCCCCUGGGAGUAGAGAGAAAGAUAUGAACCAGUAGGAUGGUCAGGCCAUCCUACUGGUAUUCAGCCAACUGUUAUUUGGAGGGAGGAGGGAUGAAUUCAGAGACCUAUGCUCCUAUGACGAUGGUGGCUAACACUUCUAGUUCUAGUCUGUAAUCUGGAAAAGAAGAACACAUUCAUUUACUGACAGAAAUGGUCUGAUCCAGCCAACCCUUGUGAAUAUUGAACUGAAUUCCAAGAAAUGUAUACAUGAUAAUACAUAUCCUGCUUAGAAUCCAUUUCUUCUUUGGCUUAAAUACCUAUACAAGUAGAUCAUAUGUGCAUAGACAAUAAGUUGUUUGUUUUUUUUUUUUUAGUUGCAGCAUUUUCAUCACCACUAGUAUCAGCAUCACCAUCUUCCUAAAAUAUAAAUUCUAGAAACUGUAAUCCCCAAAUAACUGGGUUGAGAGUAAAAUCACACCUGAUAUUUUAUGGGCUUCCAGAAGUGCAAGACAGAGUCUAGAUCACUGCUAGACUGGUCACAUGUGGAAAAACCCUACUCCUGUUUCUGGGAACUAAAAGCCUUUCUGACUAACCCUCCCCCCGCACCAGGGAUACAAAGACUUAUAACUAUUCAGCUUUGGUAAUGAGGAAGGAAGAGUAAGAGGCCUUGAUGAAGAGAAAGUGUGGAGACAACAGGAGAGAAAGGAAAAUACCAUAUUCACGAGGGAAAUGUCAGGGGAAGGGGGCUCACGGAGGUUAGGACUCAGCCUCCAUUUCUACUUUGUAUGUAUCACAUUUAACUAAAGGAUGCAUGCACUCAUCUUGUUUUGACUUCAUAUAGCAUUGCAUAGUUUUAGUUCUGAUCACAGAUUUUGCUAUUGUAUGGACCGUUUGAAGGAACUAGACGAAGGGAGAGCUCAGAUUCUCCUUAUGUCCCUGCUAUGCCCUUGUUCUCUUAGCAUCCUUAGAGCCCUCAAGGCUGGCUCUGGCAAAUAAGGCCUUCCUAGAUGUGCACAUGGCACCAUGGGAAUUGUUGUCCUUGGACAAAGGUCCAGGGAGACCUUUGUGUUGCACCCUAGGCAUUAGGUCAUUCAUUCAACAUACAUUUGUUUGGUAUCAUUAAUGAGUCCAUUUUAACUAUUUGUGGCAAAGUUUGAUCUCAGUUACAAGGACUCUGAAAACACCUUUCUAACAAAAGUGGUAAUGAAUGAGUCUUUUUGUUGCUUCAAGAAUCUUUCUCCAGUUUUCUGUUUUUCUUUUCUUUUUUCUUUAUUCUUCUCACACACAAUAGAUCCAGACUGCAGCCUCCCUCCUCCUCCUCUCCCAGCCCUGCCUCCACACCCCCACAUCCCCAGAUCCAUUGCUCCUC